ACGGCUCCGUGGCCUUCUAACCUGAACCUGAUCUCCGCGCGCUGGCUUCGGAGCCGGCAUCCCCCGCUGUCGGCCUCCACCUCCAUAUCCAGACAGAAUGGAAGGGAGAGAGGGAGAGACAGAAACAUCCUAGACAUCAUUGCACACACCCCAUGGGCUGGGACCAACAGAAACCCAGGAAGUCAUUAUGUGACUAACACAUUUUCAUCAGAUUUCCUCUGAUUUACCCUGAAGUGUAUGUGAGAAUGAUGUGUACUGCCAAGAAAUGUGGCAUUAGGUUCCAGCCUCCCGCUAUUAUCUUAAUCUAUGAGAAUGAAAUGAAGGGGAAAAGUCGCCAGCGCAUCAUGCCUGUCCGAAACUUUUCAAAGUUUUCAGAUUGCAACAGAGCUGCUGAACAAUUAAAGAAUAAUCCACGACACAAGAAUUACUUGGAACAAGUGUCCCUGAGACAGCUAGAGAAAUUAUUCAGUUUUUUACGAGGUUACUUAUGGGGGCAGAGUUUGGCAGAAACAAUGGAACAAAUUCGACGGGAAACAACCAUUGAUCCUGAGGAAGACCUGAACAAACUAGAUGAUAAGGAACUUGCCAAAAGGAAGAGCAUCAUGGAUGAACUUUUUGAGAAAAAUCAGAAGAAGAAAGAUGAUCCAAAUUUUGUUUAUGACAUAGAAGUUGAAUUCCCACAGGAUGAACAACUGCAGUCCUGUGGCUGGGACACAGAGUCAGCUGAUGAGUUCUGAUACUAAAAACAAAAAUGUGUUGAGCUAACAGAAGCUCCAUGUUUAUACAGAGAAUGUAGAUUAGUUCUAGAAAAAUCUGUAAAUAACACUAAAUGUAUAUGUUGGGUCACAUUUGUAUUGACCAUGUUACUUUUUAAAACCAGGACAUGUAGCCCUGGCCGGUUUUACUUAGUGGUUAGAGCGUUGGCCUGCGGUCCGGAGA